UUCCGCUUCCGGUCCGGCGCGCGGCUUUCCGGUGGGCUGCGCCGUGAUGGCGGCUGGCGGCUGCGACCCGCGGGCGGCCGACGUCGAGGAGGACGCGUCCCAGCUCAUCUUCCCCAAAGAGUUUGAAACAGCCGAGACGCUCCUGAAUUCCGAAGUGCACAUGCUUUUGGAGCACCGGAAGCAGCAGAACGAGAGCGCCGAGGACGAGCAGGAGCUGUCCGAGGUCUUCAUGAAGACUCUGAACUACACGGCCCGCUUCAGUCGCUUCAAAAACAGAGAGACCAUUGCCAGUGUUCGAAGUUUAUUACUACAGAAAAAACUCCAUAAGUUCGAGCUGGCGUGUCUGGCCAACCUCUGCCCAGAGACUGCUGAGGAGUCCAAGGCUCUGAUCCCAAGCCUCGAGGGCCGGUUUGAAGAUGAGGAGCUCCAGCAGAUCCUUGACGACAUCCAGACGAAACGCAGCUUCCAGUAUUGAUCUCCUGCCGUGGCCCAGCACUGGCCGACCGUGCGGAAAUCCCAUGGAGAAGACGGUCCCGUGUCCCUGGCGGCGGCAGCCCAGCCUGGCCUGGCUUCAGUCGCCGUUAGGAGCUGGACUGUUGGCCUGUAAUGAGCUGUCCUCACAGCGAGGCUUUCACUGUGGGGGCUGCCUCAGGCUUCUUGAGCUGGCCUCUGGGUGGGUGAAAUAGCUGAAGCCUCAUACCAACAUCCUUGACUUCUCUGUUACGUACACGACAACCUCAUACCCGGACUCCUGGCUCCUUGUUGCUUUGACUCUCGAUGCUUCCUCUAGAUUCCAGUGUGUCUGAUACUGAGAGUUUCUGAUACCCGGGAACACACAGGACUGAGACAGGCAGCAACAGUUUACCAAAAUGUGAAAAGAAUUAAAGCUGACCAGGAGAAUGUU